AUGGCAACAAAGCCUUUAUACAAUGAUAAUCGUGAUCAAGAUGGAUCAUUCGUUCAAGCAAUUUUUGGAUAUAUCAAACUGCUUCUUCGGACUUUUGCUCUUGUUUAUUCUAAAGCAAAAGAUUUUUAUUGUUGGGUAUUGCAACAAUUAUAUAAAAUACUACCAAUUUUAACAGACGAUUCACAUGUAGCAACAAUUAUUACUGAUAGAGAAUUGGCUCUAAUAGCAGCGAUUUCUAUAGUAUUUCCUAAUACAAGACACUAA